AUGUGGGCCAUUGGGAAGAUAGCCGCUGGGACCACCGGCCGUCUCCAGCUCUCCCCUGUCGACCAGCUCGACCAGGGCGUCGGGCUAUCACAGAGGGCGGUCGCCCCUCUCGAAACUCAAUGUCUUCAUCUCCUGCUAGGCAGCUCCUGCCCGUACUCAGCCCUGAAGGUUGGCCUGGACCUUCCUGGCCAGGUCAGCUCGACAGACAACAUGGAUGCUUCGUUGCUGAAGGAGGGCGAGGAGAAUAUCUUGAAAUACCGAGAGAACAGCAUCUGCUCUGUGCAAGUAAUGACCGGGGUGCCGCUGUGGGUGCUGUGGGUCACCACCUUCCUCUGGGACUACGGCACAUACCUCGUCUCCUCGCUCCUUAUCUUCGCCGCCUUUAUGAUCGGCGACUCCCAGGAAUACUUCACCGUAGACGACGCUCCUGGAGCGCUUAUCUUGCUGCUUCUGCUCUACGGUUGGGGCAGCAUCCCUCUGGCCUACGUGUUCAGCUUUUUCUUCCAGACUGCUGCCGCUGGGUUCUCCGUCAUCACGCUCAUUAACAUUGUGGCAGGCCUGAUCAUCACCACGGCCGUAUCUGCCCUCGAAAUGUCACAGCAGCCCAAAAUGCUUGUCGUCAGCGACGCCCUGCACUGGAUCGCGUCCCUGCUCCCCACCUACCCUGCGUCCAUGGGUUUUCAACAUUUGGUGAUGACGAGUGACUACAACAGCCGCUGCGAUAUCUUUAAUGAGACCCUAAAACUGGAGCUGUGCGACACCCUCUAUAACUUUGACCCCUUUAACUCCUUCAUGCCCUGCUGCCCCGAGUGUGCCAGCCAUGGGCAAGAAGUUUGCUUCCAGAAGAGAAGUUAUUUUGUCUUUGAUGAGUACGGCAUGUCCCGAGAUAUGUUGACACUCACCAUCAACGGAUUCAUCUUCUUCGCCAUCCUCUGCCUCAUCGACUCAGGCGUCUUCAGAAAACUAGGUGUCCUGCUGCGAGGUCUGUGUAAGAAAGCUGCGACUGCCCAUGCUCCUGAGGUUCCCGCGGACGAUGACGUGUUGGCCGAGAUUGCCUUGGUGGAGAACCUAAUGACUGGAGCGCCACUAGACCCGCUGCGCGAGGCAAGCUUGGUAGUGAGCAGCCUCUCCAAGACGUUCGUGAGCUCCCCUCGGCCAGCAGUCAAUAACAUCAGCUUUCACGUGGGUCGAGGAGAGUGUUUAGGGCUGCUUGGCGUUAAUGGCGCCGGUAAGACCACCACCUUCAAUAUGCUGACUGGGGAUGAAGUGCCCACCACGGGGGACGCCAGGAUAGGCAGCACGUCCCUCAGGACCGACAUAGGGAAGUUCGUGCAGCAGAUCGGCUACUGUCCCCAGUUCGACGCCAUGUUGGGGGAACUCACGGGGGAAGAAAUGUUGACCCUGAUGGGCCGUCUGCGAGGCAUCAAUGACUCAAGUUUACCGGCCUCCGUCAGUAAACUGAUACACCUUUUAGGAUUGAGUGAAUGCGCGCAGCGGCCCUCCUCCACCUACUCCGGUGGAAAUCGCCGCAAGCUGUCCACAGCCAUGGCCCUGAUCGGGGAGCCCCCUCUGGUGUUCCUGGACGAGCCCACCUCCGGUGUAGACCCCACCUCCCGCCGCCGUGUGUGGGGGGCCGUCAGCCAGGCGGUGGCUGGGGGGCAAAGUGUGCUGCUCACGAGUCACUCUAUGGAGGAGUGCGAGGCGCUCUGCUCCCGCAUCAUUAUCAUGUCGCGCGGGACGCUGCGCUGCGUCGGCACCUCGGGCCACCUCAAGGCCAAGUUCGGUCAAGGCUACAGCCUGCAGGUCAAGCUUAGGACACAUGACCCCCGCCUGGAGGACGAGCGGCAGUACACAGCCUUCGUGGAGCAGCUCAGGGCCACCAUUCACCUCCGUCUGCCUGGCACCGUGCUCAUCGACCAACAUAAGGGCAUGUUAGCCUUCAGAGUUUCUAAGCAAGUCUCGUGGAGUCACCUCUUCUCCGUGAUGGAAGCGUUGAAAAGCGGCCAUGAAGCGGUAAGUGACGGGGACAGCAACGCCAUGGUGGAGCCGCUGGUGGAGGACUACGCUGCCUCCGACGCCUCCCUGGAGCAGGUGUUCCUGUCCUUCGCGCGAGAGAGUGUACCAAACAGCCCUAUGCCCUCAGACUCUGCAGCAUAUAUUACGCAGUUAUGAGUUAUUAUUCCUGAAGACCAACGUUCCAAUCAUACGGCACCAGCUGGUAAUUUUCAGCCAUCGCCGAGUGGCGGAGGAUUACCCACCUUGUGCCCAGAUCAUCAGUCAACUGUAACUCCAGCGGCCUCGACCAAAGGGAGUACGUAGGUCAGCGUGGGCCAGGCAAGGGAUGUAUCACAGCAGCCACAUCAGACACAACGGGCUGGAGCCGACCACCAGCCUCUUCAAGGUAGCCAACCGGCACAAUGGGCUGAAAAUGAAAAAAAUACACAACGGAAUUAAUAGACUUAGAUUCUCUCUCUCUCUCUCUCUCUCUCUCUCUCUCUCUCCCCCCCCCCUCCCCCUUCGUUACCAGUUCCUCGAUGCUUUACACAGAUUUACACACAAUAUUAAUAUAGCAAUCAUAAGUACGAAUUCUUAACAAUCGUGGAUGAGGAGGGGGAAAGAUGUUCCACUGGGCAGGCGUAGUAGAACAUCCUCAUUCGUCCUCUCUCAUUCUUCCUUCCGUCCAGCUAUCAAUGUCACGUUUCAAAGCUUUUACUUUCAUUACUUUUAUUCAUAGAGAAUGAGCUGAAUGAAGUCGCAGGAACCUUGUAAAGGCAGUUGGCUUCAUCUCCAAAGGAAAAGAUAACAAUUUAAAAUGGGAAAACCAAAAAAUGUAUUUGAUAAAACAAUUUAAAAAUGGAAAAACAUGUAUAUACUCAGAAUAUAUUUACAUAUAACAUCAGCUUAUUUUAGAACGGCUUAGAAAAUUGAAUAAUGCCACAGUAAUUUAUAAUGAUCUGUGCUUCAUAUGCUUUCAGCUAUUAUAAUGAUACAAUAUUUACUAAUGAUCUGUUGUCGAUUUAAGAUGUUUUAAAUGUUCCAAUUUUAGCAAUGAUCUGCUUUUAACUUAGGAUGACUUAGUACUACUUGAAGUAUGAGUGGCACUGACAAUUAAGAUAACAUUCAACAAGAGACCGUCAAGCAAUAUUUUUACAUUGUAUGCAACUCAUUGUCUCAUUUACCCUCAUAAUAUAUUAUUUUCUCAAGCACUUUAUUUGUAUUAGUUAAUUGUAACUUAAUAUCACGUUAGAGUUCAAUGCAAUGAAUUCGAGUUUUCAUAGAAAUGUUGACGUAGAUUUAAAAUCAUUUUUAUCAGUUCUAUAAUUAAAAACAUAUUAUGUACAA